AUGUCUACUGCCGAGCUCGCUUGCUCCUACGCCGCCCUCAUCCUCGCCGAUGAUGGCGUCGAGAUCACCGCCGACAAGAUCCAGACUCUUCUCGGUGCCGCUAAGGUCGCUGAGAUCGAGCCCAUCUGGGCCUCUCUCUUCGCCAAGGCUCUCGAUGGCAAGGACGUCAAGGAUCUCCUGACCAACGUCGGCUCCGGUGGUGCCGCCGCUGCUGCCCCCGUUGCCGGCGGUGCUGCUGCCGCUGCUCCUGCUGAGGCCGCUGCUGAGGAGAAGGAAGAAGAGAAGGAGGAGUCCGACGAGGACAUGGGCUUCGGUCUGUUCGACUAA